GAUGGGAAGGGACGGCAACUAUAGCUCAGUAUUGGUUGAGCCGAGAGGUGGAGCACAUGAGUUGGUCUCAUAUGAGGUGAUAGUUGAGUGUCUGUGACGUGAACAUUGAGUUUAUCAUAAGUUUAACUGCAAUUGAAUUGUGAAACCAGUGAACACUUACCGGUUAAGUGACAUAAAAACUCAUUGAAACCUAUUGUGGACUCAAUUGCGGACAACAUUUGCGUCAAAUCCAGUCAUAACUGUCUCUCCAAUUGACUCGCAUUUGAGGAAAACGAUUGACACAAACACUGAAUCUCUUAUCUUAUCUGUCGCUAAAUCUUGCCAUCAAUUGAAUUGAUCCGAAAGCACACGAAGACAUGUCCGCCGAUCAGCAAUUUCAAAAGGCUGCCGAAGACGUGAAGAAGUUGAAGGCAAAGCCGACGGACCAGGAAUUGCUUGAGAUCUACGCCCUCUUCAAACAGGCCUCUGAAGGCGACUGCAACACCGCCCGACCCGGACUCCUGGACCUGAAGGGAAAGGCCAAAUGGGACGCCUGGAACAGUAAGAAAGGUAUGUCGAAAGACGAGGCCAAGUCUGCGUACGUAAACCGGGUGAAGGGUUUGGUGGAGACCUACGGAGUCUCAUAAAAGCGGUCAUUAAUCUAAUCGUUUGUUUUCUUGAUUUGAUACUAUU